GCAGCAGCAGCAGCAUCAACCGGGAUAAAAAUAGAGAACGCCUCUUGGCAAAGAUCGUACCGGUGAGAUGAAGAUUCUGUUCGUUUGCAUAGGAAAUUCGUGCCGUUCACCGAUGGCUGAAAGUGUUAUGCGGAGUGUCGCCAACAGGCACGGGCUGACCGAUUGGCAGGUUGACAGUGCGGCGUUGCGCGAAUGGAAUGUAGGUCGCCGGCCCGAAGAUCGGGCGCUCGCGGUGCUCGCCGAGAACGGUCUAUCAUCGGAUCAUGUUGGUCGGCAGAUCGAGGCCACGGAUUUCCUGCACUUUGACUACAUCUUCGGUAUGGACGAGGGUAAUGUGGCGGAUCUGUUGGCACUGGUACCGCCAGCCGGAUGCCGGGCGAAGGUAGAACUGUUGGGCAACUAUCGGGGCAAGGAGCUGGAUAAGAUCAUCAUCGAUCCAUACUUUGAAUACGGUAUUCACGGUUUUCGGAGAUGCUUCGAUCAGAUUGUGAUAUGCUGUGAGAAUUUCGUGAAACUUCACAAGAAUACGAUCAUCUGAUCCCAUUAAAAGGUCCGCAUCGUAUUAAGUACAUUGGACGACAUUCCUGUAAUAGUGAAACAAAUAAGUUAACACCAUAAAUACCGAGAAUUCCCCAGGUCAACCCAGAUGCACCAGGGAUGCACCGAGUGCACCACCUAAUUGUCUCUCUAGUCUGUACUAUUCAUUUAAAUAAACUAAACUAAACACA